AUGGAAGACCCAGUUGUAAACGAGGAAAGUAACAUUUCCGCGCCGGAAAUCGCCGAUUCAACGGAACCCGAGACUUCUACCGAACCAUCAACACCGGCUCCAAUUUCAUCGCGUCGUGAGACGUACAACAAGAAUGCUUAUAUUAUGCUCGAUGUGAAUCAUCGAAAGGUCGAGGCAAGAGACAUCAUUGAAUACGAGUGGCCAGCGAAAUCCGGCGAUCGCUGGUUCAUACAGGAGCAGAUUGGCGAGCUACUCGGAAUUAAGUCAUUCUCACGGAAAUACCCAGAUUUUUCGCGGCGAAAAGUGAAUCACGAGGAGAGAGAGUUCUUGGAGUGGAAUUAUGGCGUUCAUAGACUUUUGAAUGAGACUUUGCUCCGCGACAUGAACGCAAUGCGUGCCAGUGAGAUUCACGACAUGAUGCAGUCGGAUUUCCUUGAUAUCUACGUGGAAUACAAGCGGGUCGUCGCCCAAAGAGAGCGAGAGGCUCAGAUGGAAAAGGCCAAGGAAAUGGAAGCGAUCAAAAACGACGCUGGAAAACUGGCGGAGCUGCGCAAAAAGGCCGUUCAAAGCGCUGUCGACUUCAACAAGGACCUUCAAAGUCAACGGCGAAACGAGCGGAAACACUUUUGGGACAUUCAGACGAAUAUCAUCCAAUCUCGUCGCAACUCGUGGAAAGUGAUGAAAGCCGACGCGACUCGUCCAGGUCCCUACCCGGUCGCCCUGAUCCCUGGACAAUACCAAACGUACUACAAAAAGUUCACAAAAGACGAAUUGAAUCGUCUGCCACUCGGAACGGUCAUCGACUCGACGCACCUGUUCCCGAUCGGUCGUGAACCAUCUCCACCGCCGUUGAACAUUGCUCAGCAGGAUUUGGCUCGUCAGGAGAGAGAAGAGGCGAUGAGAGGGGCGAGAGAAGCCAUGAUGAAUCAGAAUCAGACUGUUAAACAGGAACCCGCUGAAACGUCGUCUACAUCGACAACGCCGGCGUCAUCCUAUGUUCCACCACCACAAGAUCCGAAUCGAAAAUGUGAUUCGUGUGAAAAGACAGGCGGAGAGAUGAUAUGGUAA